UCUCUGACUACUUCCUGUAAGGGAAGCUCAGUCAGCUGUCACAUCUGAAAGGCGAGAAGAGGAUCACAGACGGGGAGAAACACACAACAAGAGCUAAAAUGUCUAGUUUUUCCAACAGGUUUAGCGCUUACACGAUGACUCAACUCAACGAAAUUCUGGAGGACGACGUAAAGCUCACGAAAAUGGUACAAGAGAUGGAUGAGAUGCAGGAAGUCCAGCAGAGCAAGGAGAUGACGUUGGUCAAUAACCGAACCCUGGCAGAGCAAAACCUCGCCCUGCAACCUAGACUGGAGCACAAGAAAGAGCAGCUCACCAAGAGCUACAGCUGUCUUCAGGAGAACUUUGAGUCCUAUCAGCUUCGCAAGUCCACCUUAGACCAGAAAUCAGGAAACACGUCCCUGGACACUUUGCUGGCCUUACUGCAGGCAGAGGGAGCCAAAAUAGAAGAGGAGACAGAGAAUAUGGCUGAUUCAUUCCUGGAUGGUGAAAUGACCCUGGAGUCCUUCAUUGAUACCUACCAAAGCAGCAGGAAGCUGGCCCACUUGAGAAGGGUGAAGAUUGAGAAGCUGCAGGAGAUGGUGCUGCAGGGCCAGCGAAUCCCCCAGGCAUCUGUCCCUACCUCACGAUCUCAAGAUGUGUCAGCGGCAGCCAGACCCUCGUCUUCCUCCCUCCUCUCCGAGGCAAGCAGUAACGCUUCCCCCAUUGCUCAGCCAAGGAGGAAACCCCCACCUCCUCCAUCCCAGCCAGCCCCAAUUCUAAAUCCAGUUCCAGCUCCAGCCGCUGACCCCCAGCCUCCUGUCUUUUAUUCGGCAUCUCCAUACCCACCAAUUCCUCCCAGAACGGGCCAACCUUUUCCCAGCGUCUCCUCUGGCUACCCGAGCCACUUUCUAUCUCAGUACCCUCCUGCUUUGCCUCAGAGGCCCUCACCUCGCAUGGCCCCACAGCCUGGCUUCAUCAUGCAGUAAAUAAAAGCAGUUAUUGCUCAGAGGACACAGUGUGGGUGUGUUUCAUGGACCUUUUCACUACUGGAGCUCUUCUGAGAACAAUUUUUCUACAUUGUCAGCCUUCUUGGAAAUCGACCAAUCACAACACAAGAAGGCGGACCUUCACUGGCUGGUCUGGUCACGUUCAGCUGAAGCAGAUCUCCAAUAUUCUCUGUGGAUUCAUCUCUCACUCCAUCAACAGUCACAACAACAACGACAGCAAAAACAACGUGACGAGAUCGGCCUCAAGUCUCUGGAAGUCCCUGAGGCCCAUCAGUGGAAGGGCCCGCUGCAGGCUGUAGUGAGACAAGUGUCAGUCUGUGGGUCACUGAGCUGGGACUUGUCACUUAUCAGCACUUUCUGUCUCCUGGCAGUGCCCUCAGCUCUGUGUGCCCAUUAGUUUUCAGUCUCUCACCUCUCUCCCAACAUGUUUUACCGAACACUGAAGUCAUUCGAAAAAGAGUUUCAUUUGUCAUUUCCAUCUGCAGCAUACUAAUUUACUGGUAAUGUAUAUGCAAGCAAAGAGAGACCAUAAUUACUGUGCAGUUUUGAUGAAAAUCUCAUUAUCCAUAAUAUAUUCAGGCAAAACUGCAUCUAUGCUGUGGUUUUUUUUAUAUCUAAAAAUUCACAAGGUACAUAGAAAUAUUUGAAUUUCAGCAUCUUUUUAUGAUAACAUAGUCAAGGAGUUAUGUUAAUAAUAGCCAGGAUAGACUGAUUAACAUGUGUAAAGGAGGGCUUUGGUUGUUGUAUCUCUUUUUCAAUAUGUGUGAAUCUCAAGAGAGUCCAGGCCUUCCUGGUUCAAUAUGGCAGACUUUUGUACUUGGUCCAUCCAAGGGCAGGAGUGGAAAGAAAGGUGAAGGAGAGGAUCAGUGGCUGAGCUGUUGUAACAAAUGACUAGGCCUGUAGAGCCUUGCCUGAAAUGAAGGGUUUAUGCAUAGCCAUACAGUACACUCCUGGUAUGUGUUGUUUUCUGUGGGUUCCUGUUAUAAUGCAACACUCCUUUAUUGUCUUUAACACCCUCAGCUGGGAUUGGAGAUGAUGCCAACAGUUCUUUGGACCUCAUACCUAUGAUUCUGUUCAGUUUUUGUGACACUGAGCACCAAAGACUUGCCACAUCACUCAACUCUUUCGCUGCAGUCUUUUUUUUUUCUUUUUUUUUUUUUUUUUUAAAUCUAAGUGAAACAUUUAGUGAGGUAGUAUUCCCAACAUAUCUGUUUGUGAUGUUGAGCUGAAACACUCUUUUGUAAACACACAAGCCACAUUUCUCCGAGGUGAACUUGCAAGAUCAACCUGGAUUUGGGAGGAAACUUACUUUCUGGUGCGAUAGAUAUUCACAUUUUUUUCCUCCCAACUGCUGUCACUGUGCACUGUUGAAGAGCCACGAGUGCCUACACUUGAAGUGACAUUGAUCACGUCCUGCUGACUUACUCCACCCCCCCCCACCCCACCCCCAACUAUUGAAAGGAAAAAGAAAUGGCCAAGCAUUUGGUUUUCUCCUCCUGCUGCUGACUUCAUGUUUCACCAGAAGGUAGAAAAGGGCAGUGUUGGGCUGUCAAGCUUUGCUUUCUCACUACAAGCUGCAGGCCAGAUUAGAGCGAUCCUGAACAUGUGCCAGAGAGACAAGAGACUCCCUCACGCUUUGUGCCUAGUGGUGCUUGUGCUUCUCUUCCAUUGUUCCUCCAUUAUAUUGAGGUUUGUUUGGGGACGAAUUAUAGAGAUUUUGCAUGUAUUGUGUUUGUUUUGAGUCAUAUCUUGGUGAUAAUACUUCACAAAGAAGUGGACCACAGAAAGGACAAAGCGUACUUGUCAGCAGGCAACACUACAGAAAUAGCAGAAGAAGGUAAAGCAUAAUUGUAUUGAUGAACCAGCAUUUCUAACAACUAACAGUGGAUAAUUCUUUUGUGCAUGGCCUUUGCUCUUUUUUGUUCAUUCUGAAGAUUCCUCUUUAACACUUUUUUUUAGCUGUUGAGCUGCUUUUUACAUUUGAACUGAUCCUCUGUAUUCAUUGUUUUAUAUGUGACUGGUGAUAUUUUUCUGUGUAAUGUUGUAGGUAUUUACUUAUAAUGAAUGUUUAAGUGGAAUUUAAUGCUAUUUUCAAGUUCAAUAAAUCUCAAAUUUUUGUA